CCCAGAUCCGGUCUGACCGGCCCGGCUCCGAGGACCUGGGGACGGUUGGAGAUGAGUCAACGGUUAGCCAAAGAGAUUUCUAUAAAUACUAGAGAAAGGUGGGCAGAAUUAACUCAAAAAUCUCUCAGCCUGGUCAAUUCACAGAAACCAGCAAUCGAAAACCGGCUGGCCUUAUCUUGUGUCUACUCCAUUGCGAUUCAAAGCACCGAGCAGCAUCAAAGGAGCGAUCUCGGGCGGUCUGCGCUUUUUCAAUUUGCCCCACCUACGAUAAGUUCGUUCAAAGUGGGGGUUUACCGAGACAUCAGAGAAACCACCGACAACCACCAAAAUACAACCAAGCCCACCAAAAUACAAUCAAGCCCACCAAAAUACAAUCAAGCCCACCAAAAUACAAUCAAGCCCAUUAUAAUUCCUUCCCUUCAAGAGAGCAAGAUCGCCUUCAUCGGCGGAGGCAACAUGGCCUCUGCUAUCAUCGGCGGUCUAGUGAGUAAGGGUGUCAACAAGCAGAACAUCUACGUCUCGGAGCCCUGGGAUGUCAACCGCGACAAGCUUGCCGCGGUCGGCGUCCGAACGACCACGGCCAACUCCGAGGCGGGUGCAGAUGCGGACAUUGUUAUUAUCGCUGUUAAGCCUCAGGUCACAAAGGCCGUGUGUGAAGAGCUUGGUGCGUCGUGGACGCAACGCCAGACCCUCCCCGUCGUUGUUAGCAUCGCGGCGGGUAUCACCCUCAAUAGUCUACAGGAGUGGUCCCGGACCAGUGAUGGCCGGUCUGCACAUGUCGUUCGCGUGAUGCCCAACACACCUGCGUUGGUGAGUGAGGGUGCCUCUGGGGCCUUUGCAAGUGCGGAUGUGACCCCUGCCGAGAAGGAUCUGGUCAACUCUCUGCUGAGCAGUGUCAGCAAAGCCACCGAGUGGGUGGAUAAGGAAGAGCUUCUGGAUGUCGUGACCGGGUUGUCUGGCUCCGGCCCUGCUUAUUUCUUUGCCUUGGUAGAGCAUAUGAUUGCCAGCGCCACCUCGUUGGGUCUCUCCCAGGAACAAGCUACUCGUCUCGCCACGCAAACUUGCCUCGGCGCUGGCAAGAUGCUCGUCGAGUCAUCUGAUGAGCCUGGCCAGCUGCGCAAGAAUGUCACCAGUCCCAAUGGCACCACGUAUGCUGCCCUCCAGACCUUCGAGGCCCUUGGACUCAAGGAGACUGUCGAUAAGGCUGUCAAGGCUGCAGCUUCCAGAGCUGCUGAACUGGGCAACACACUUGCAAAAUAGUCACGAUUAUGGUCUAUGAGGAAUUAAUUGAACGAGACAGGCCCAUGGAAAAGUCGCCCCGUGUAUGCUACUUCUUAGAUUAGAGAAAGAAAGUUCACACCCACGAUACUCAAAAUGUGGGUAGAUAGAAUCACCUCGCUCUCCUCUGGGAGCAAAUAAGGCA